ACUUUGAAUUUACAUUGCACUAAUACGUGGCUAUAUAUAGUACUAGAUUAUAUUUUCUAGGUUUUCGCUCUUAAUACCAAAGUCUAUUCACUGAAAACCAAGUACGCUUCAAUCUUCAUCGCGAUGUGUAUCGGCUACAUUUUAGUUUAAGGGUGUUAGAUCUUACCGGUGUGUUGAGGUGAGGUCGUACACUAACGAUGUCGCCCAAUCGAUCGCGUUUAAAUUUAGCUUUGCUGGGCGUUGGCUUUCUCGGUGUGUUAGCUACAUCUUACGUGGCAUACUACCUUUAUAAGCGUUUCAGGAAGCGCAGUUUUAUGCGUUACCUCAAGAGGAUAUAUAACAACGACCAUGAGCUCUAUGACAACGAUGAUGACGAGUCUAGUGAUGAGGAUGACUUUUACGUCAGUGACAACAAUUACAACCAAGCUGUAGAAGUGGUUACUCCUACGUCUUCAUCAAGACGUCCACCAUUUCGUAGGGAAAUCGGUAGGCAUGGUCCUAGACAAUUUAACAACUAUGAUAACAACCGAUCAGAGAAUAACCGCAACUCCGGCCGUGGAGGUCGCGGCAGGGGUGGUCGAUACCGUAAUCGCGGAUAUUUCAAUUCACGCAGUCAAAGGGGCCGCGGUCAGAGCACCCAGCAGAGUGUAAACACCGAGGAUUAAGCUAGAGUUGCUGGCGGAGAUUAACUAGGCCAGUCUUAUCUACUUCCGCUGAAUAACAUGAGUAACGGACGUAUGACAAGGUAUUUUGAAUAAUCUGGAAUUAUAAAGCAUUUUGUUCGAAUGAGCAACCAUUUAGCCGUGGGCAAGAAAAUCCCCUUUGAGACAUUGUCAUCCAAAGCUGACCCAUAAAUACAACGGUUUAAAAAUUGCAUGUUGAAUGGCAAUUGCUCGUUGUUAUUUAUGUUCUCACUGACGACAUGCUGUGGCAUCGAAAUU